CGAGCGUCCGGGCGGGGUCUCCGGAAUAGGUGGGCCCUUCCAGCGCGUGCCGGAAGUUGAGAGGCGCUUGGUGGGGUUCUAGGGUUCGGACCUCAUGGCGGAGAUCAUCCAGGAACGCAUAGAGGACCGGCUCCCGGAGUUGGAGCAGCUGGAGCGCAUCGGACUGUUCAGUCAUGCGGAGAUAAAGGCUAUCAUUAAGAAGGCUUCAGAUCUAGAAUACAAAAUACAGCGAAGAGCUCUUUGUAAGGAAGACUUUAUCAAUUAUGUUCAAUAUGAAAUUAAUUUUCUGGAGCUGAUCCAGAGAAGAAGAGCUCGCAUCGGGUAUUCAUUUAAGAAGGAUGAGAUUGAGAAUUCUAUUGUACACCGGGUACAAGGCAUAUUCCGACGAGCUUCAGCAAAGUGGAAAGAUGAUGUUCAACUUUGGCUAUCCUAUGUAGUCUUCUGUAAGAAAUGGGCUACCAAAGCUCAACUUAGCAAGGUAUUCUCUGCCAUGUUGGCCAUUCAUUCAAACAAGCCAGCUUUGUGGAUUAUGGCGGCCAAAUGGGAAAUGGAAGAUCGCUUGUCUUCAGAAAGUGCAAGACAACUCUUUCUUCGAGCUCUGCGCUUUCAUCCCCAGUCUGCAAAACUUUAUCAAGAAUACUUCAGGAUGGAGCUGAUGCAUGCUGAGAAAUUGGGGAAGGAAAAGGAAGAAUUUGAGAAAGCCAAAAUGGAUUUGGGAAAUCUUGAUUAUCCUGAAGAAAUCCUUACGGGUGAGUUGGCACGGAUCAUCUACAAAAAUUCCAUAAACAUAAUUAAAGGUGCAGAAUUUCAUGUGUCACUGCUUUCAAUUGCACAGCUAUUCGAUUUUGCUAAAAAUCUGCAAAAGGAAAUUUAUGAUGACCUUCAGGCUCUGCACACAGAUGACCCUCUCACUUGGGAUUACGUGGCACGGCGAGAAUUAGAGAUCCAGCCACAGCCAGGAGAAGAGCCGCCUGCGACAAAGCAAGCCCGAGCCCUGGAGAUGGGCCGGAGGGAGGAGCGCUGCUGCGCUGUGUACGAAGAGGCAGUCCAGACUCUCCCUACAGAGGCCAUGUGGAAGUGUUACAUCAGCUUUUGCUUGGAAAGAUUUGCUAAGAAGACAAGUAAUCGGUCCCUCAGAGGGCAGAGGCUGGAAAGGACCAUGACUGCAUUCAAGAAGGCACAGGAACUCAAACUUCUACCAGAAUUCCUCUACAAGCAGUGGAUUGAGCUGUUGCGGCAGCAUGACUUCCUUAAGGAAGCUCUGCAGGUGGCAGUGGCCGGGAUUGAAUUGUUUAGAGACUCUGUGAUGAUGUGGCAGAUGAAGCUGCAGGUGCUGAUUGAUUCCAAGAGCCCUGACAUAGCCAGUCUUUUUAAAGAAGGCUUUGCGUCCCUGAAACCCCAGGUUUGUCUGCCAUUGUGGAUUUCUUGGGCAGAGUGGUGUGAAGGUGCCAAAAGCCAAGAAGACACUGAAGCCAUCUAUAAGAAAGCUAUCUUAGCUGUCACGGGUGCUGACUCAGUCACUUUGAAGGAAAAGUACCUGGAUUGGGCUUAUCGAAGCGGUGGCAACAAAAAGGCCAGAGCUGUGUUUAAAAGUUUACAGGAAAGCCGUCCAUUUUCAGUUGCUUUUUUCAGGAAAGUAAUCCAAUUUGAAAAAGAGCAAGAAUCCUGCAAAAUGGCGAACUUGAGAGAAUAUUAUGAGAGGGCUUUGAGAGAGUUUGGAUCUGUAGAUUCUGAUCUUUGGAUGGAUUACAUCAAAGAAGAAUUGAACCACCCCCUUGGUAGACCUGAGAACUGCGGACAGAUCUAUUGGCGAGCCAUGAAAAUGUUGCAGGGAGAGUCAGCAGAGGCGUUUGUAGCUAAACAUGCUAUGCAUCAAGCUGGCCAUUUGUGAAAAGAGGAAGACCACAGCCAACCUUGUAAAAUAGUAUUGUGAGCCCUCUGGGCAGGUUUUGUUAGGAAUUCGUCUGCAAUUUGCAGACAGGAUUUGUUAGGAAUUCGUCUGCAAUUUGCAGACAGGAUUUUGAGAUAUGUUUUAAUUUUGUGUUAAUCUUUAAUUCCAGGAAAGAGAACUGCUGUUUCGUGGUCAGAGGCUACUUGUUGAGGCUGGAUCUACUGUAGGGUCUAAAUGUUUUCCAAAAUAUGUGGAAAUCACACACUGAUUAGAGUAUCUCUAAUCUCAACCUUGGGGUGGGUUGAAAUUUGGAAAAAGUUCAGUUCUGUUUGUUUAUUCUCUCCUUUUAUAAAAGUAUACAUGGUAUGCAUCUCUUGCAGAAAAUAUGGUGAGAAUAGAAUAAUGGAAAGAAAAUAAAAGUAUCCUGCCAUAUCAUUUGGAGUUAAACUUAGUAAUUUGAUUUCUUUGAUCAGAAUUGGAUUUAUUCUCUUGGAUCACUCAUUCAGUCAUUCCUAAGCAGGAAAGAAGGGAAGCUCUUUGGGAUGGAGGUAGGGGUUGGAGGAACAGAGCUGGAUGUCCUGAGAGCUGGCUGAAGUAGCAGAGAAGGAUGCUGGGUAUUGAGGAAAAGUCCUUGAAGAAGAUUAAGACAUUAUAAAACUGUCUUCUGUCACUGGGACUGAUCUGCAGAGAAAUGUUUACUGUGGGGAAGGCCUGGCAACCAAAGGGCAGGCCAAAGGGAGUAGAUUAGAGCUUCAGAAGGACUUCAAAGGCGAUGAUGGAGGAUGGCUUGGAGCAGAGAAGGGCAUUCUGGGAGCAGGGGAGGCAGUUGGUAUUUUAUAUUUUUAUCAUAAUGUCACUGGGAAAAGCAUUCAGUAUAGUUUACUUGUUUCACUUAAUGGUUUUAAAAUAGCCUUAAAAACAUUGAAUUUAUAGUAUUCCUUCAAAUAGAUGAGCCAUUACUUAUUUUAUUAAUCCCCUGUGGCUGGCCCUUGUCAUUUGCAAUUUUUUUAAAAUUAUAAAUGCUGUUAAUAAAGAUUCUUAUCUUUUUA